AUGGUCUUUAAUCUCUUCUUCCCCCCCCAGCGCUCUUCUUCCUUUUCUUCCAUUUCUCCAUCCAUUCUCUCCUACAGACGACAAGCAGCAUGCCUCUUCCGCCGCACCCUCGUCAGCUACAGAGCCGCCGCACCGACCUACGGCAUCACAACGGACACAGCGGAAUCCCACAGGGAUCCCCCUCCUCUCUCGAACUUCCCAUUCCGCUUCGAAACAGGUUAUGCCCUGUGCCCCAAGAGGCCUUCCCGUCCCUUUCCGCCGCCCUUCCUUUCGAUACCGUCGACUUCCUUCUCCGAUCCCCUGACAACUCACUUUCGCAGCCAGGAUAGGCGGCCGUGGGUGAAUGGUGAGCUAGUCAGGGGCCUGACGAACGGCGACGAUGCGGUUCUUGUGUCUGAGAAUUAUCUGGGUGUCAACGACGGUGUAGGAGCGUGGGCAACAAAGCCGCAGGGCCAUGCAGCGCUAUGGUCCAGGCUUAUACUUCACUUCUGGGCUCUGGAGGUGGAGCGGAAUGUCACCGGAGACUCCGCUCCAGAUCCCGUCUCGCUCCUACAGCGCGCCUACGAACACACUAUCGAAGCAACUUCCUACCCGAACAAUUGGCUGGGCACCACGACGAGCGCCACAGCCCUGCUACACUAUACCAUGAACGAUGGGUUUCUGGCUCCGAUACUCUACGUAACAAACCUGGGUGACUGCCAAGUGAUGGUAGUCCGACCACGCGAACAACGAGUUAUUUUCAAGACGGAGGGCCAAUGGCACUGGUUCGACUGUCCCAUGCAGCUGGGCACGAAUAGCGUAGACACACCGCGGGAACAUGCGGUGUUGACGCGGGUCGAGCUGGAAGAGAGAGACAUUGUAGUGGCCGUGUCAGACGGCGUGGUGGAUAAUCUGUGGGAACAUGAGGUGCUCAAGGUUGUUUUGGACAGUUUGGAGGAGUGGGAAUCCGGGAAGAGGGCGGAUGAUUCGUUUGCUGGGAAUACACCCGAUGGAGACAGGAGGAUGGUUUAUGUAGCCCGUCGCCUGCUGCAGGCUGCUAAGGUUAUUGCGCAGGAUCCAUUUGCGGAAAGUCCGUAUAUGGAAAAGGCUAUUGAGGAGGGGCUGGCUAUUGAAGGGGGCAAGAUGGACGAUAUCAGCGUGAUUAUUGGAAUGUGUAUGAAACGGAACAAAUAA